AUGUUUUUCUCGACCAAGGCCCUCUUCGUAGCCGGCUUCUUGCAAGCUGUCCUCGGCCACAACAUACAGCUCCCUGCCCACGGCCGGGAAUGCUUCCACGAGCAGCUCCACAAGGACGAUGUCAUGACCGUCACCUUCCAGGUUGGCGACAGAGAGUUUGGCAGUGCCGGUAACCUGGACAUCGACUUCUGGAUCACGAACCCUCAGGGCCAGUACGAAACCUUCCAGAAGGACGUCUCCAACGGCGACUACUCCUUCACGGCCAAGCACGACGGAAAGUUCCUCUACUGUUUCGGCAACGAACAUUGGGGAGCAAACAGCAAGGAGGUGUCUUUCAAUGUCCACGGCAUAGUAUACGUCUCAGAAGCCGAUGCUCCUCAGGACCCCCUAGAAGCAGAGAUCAAGAAACUCUCCGAACUAGCCAGCCAGGUCAAGGACGAGCAAGGAUACAUCGUCGUCCGAGAACGCACCCACCGAAACACGGCCGAGAGCACAAAUAGUCGAGUCAAGUGGUGGAAUAUGUUCGUGAUUGGGGUCGUUAUUGGCGAAUCGCUUUUCCAGGUCUGGUGGCUACGGCGAUUCUUUGAGGUCAAGCGUGUAGUUUAG